AGUCAAUUGGGUUCCCACGAAACGGUGGGGCCCAUCACGACCAGGAGAAGAUGGGAAAGAAUUGGUUAACAUGUGUCUCCGUGGCUUGUUUGUCUCCAGGGAAAGACAAAAAGAAUCAAAAACCCGAGAAACCGAAGAGGAAAUGGUCGUUUGGGAAACAAAAGAGUAGAGAAUCUUUUGAUUUCCCUGUGGAGGAGACUCCAACGGUUGACCCUUCAUCGUCUUCUGUUCAUCGGCCAUCUCCACCGCCUCCUCCGUUGCCGGAUUUUGCUCCUCAGCCGUUGUUACCACCACCGUCUCCACCUCCUCCUCCUCCGGCAUAUACCAGCAAUACAAGACUCUAUGUUGACUCUAAAGAAGCAAAGAAUAGGCAAGCUUUAGCUCUAGCAUCGGCUGUUGCAGCCGAAGCAGCUGUGGUAGCUGCACAUGCUGCCGCAGAGGUAGUGCGUCUCACGACCCCGUCCACACAUCAGAGUGAGGAAUCAAAGGAGGAAACUGCCGCAAUCAAGAUCCAAAAUGCGUAUAGAUGUUACAAGGCGAGACGCACUCUUCGUGCGCUGCGAGGAAUGGCCAGACUCAAAAGUUUGCUUCAAGGAAAAUACGUCAAAAGACAAAUGAACGCGAUGCUUAGCUCGAUGCAAACUCUUACACGUUUACAAACACAGAUUCAAGAAAGGAGGAAUCGGUUAUCUGAAGAGAACAAAACUCGUCACAGGCUGAUCCAACAGAAGGGUCACCAGAAAGAAAACCAUCAGAAUUUGGUUACCGCCGGAAAUUUUGAUUCCAGCAAUAAAUCAAAGGAACAGAUCGUGGCAAGGUCCGUGAAUCGAAAAGAAGCUUCUGUAAGACGAGAGAGGGCUUUGGCUUAUGCUUACAGUCAUCAGCAAACGUGGAGAAAUUCUUCAAAACUUCCACACCAGACUUUGAUGGACACAAACACAACAGACUGGGGUUGGAGUUGGCUUGAACGGUGGAUGGCUUCUCGUCCGUGGGAUCCUGAAUCCAUGGACGAUCAAGUUUCGGUUAAAAACUCGCUUAAACGCGAAAACUCUAUCAAGACUUCUCCUGCCAGAUCUAAAACACUAAAGUCAGCUAGCCAAAGUUCUAUCCAAUGGCCUGUAAACAAUGACGCAAAGAGUAAAAAGAUUGAGGUUGUUAAUCGCAGGCACAGUAUCGGGGGUGGAUCAUCUGCAAGCGCUAAAGAUGAUGAAAGCGUUGAAAAUUUGGCUAACACGCAAGCUGUGAAAUCUAAGGUUAAUGUCGGAACAACAGGUUUGCCAAAGAAGGAGGUUGUGUCUGAUAAGAAGAAACCUCCACAGAUGGUAUUACCAAAGAAGAGGCUUUCAUCUUCUACUUCUCUUGGGAAAACGAAGAAAUUGUCGGAUUCGGAUAAAGCAACAACUGGUGCUGCAAAUGGAGAGAAGAAGAGAAGAAAUGGUGGUAGCAGUUAACCUAAAGUAAUAGCCUUAUCUAGACCAAGAUAUUGCUUUGGUGGCGAUUUGAUAGAUUUA